GUCAAGGAGCGGACUCGUCAGUGGGACCAGUACGUCGCGGACAUGAAGGCGACGCUCCGCAAGGAGCAGCUCCGCUACCAGAAGGACCAGCAGAGGCUGCAAGGGGACAUGGACAAGGCCCUCGCAGCCCAGGCGGAAGCCAGGGAAGAGCUGACCAGGGUCUCUAUGCAGGGACGUGCAGAGACCGAGCGGCCAGCUCCCACAAGAGAUGUCGAGGACGAAUGGGACCGAAGGAUGCGAGACUGGCAGGCCGAAGGCAUGGACGGUGGUGCGGACGGUAUCCUGACCAGGGCGCUCAUGGCAACCGGACGUCCACCAGUUGCCGCCGACGAAGUGGCGGCGGCAGAAUGGCGCAGACGUGUGUAUGGGCUCCAUCCUCAAGAGGAUGGCCACCCUUUGCCGAGUGGGCCCAGUGCACCGCCGACCUACGUGGACAGGGAAAUACCAAUGGGCGGACUACCUGCACAGACGGAGGCCCCACCGCCGCCAGUUCACACCGAGCCCAGAGGAGAUGUGACGAUGCCGGACUUGCCAUCCCGGCCACCGUAUGUGAGCUCUCCGGGGGCUCCAGGCUUGGUGGCAGGAUCCCCGGCAUCCAAAGCCAAAGCCGGUAUCCCCGCGCAUCGCGCUCCAGUGAAGGCCAGGACACCGCCGGCGACUACCCGCCCAGCAGGCCCGACACUCGACGAGAAGCUCGACGCGAGGAGGGCUCACGCGGGCUUGAGGCUGCAGGAGGAGCCGUGCCCACAUGCGACAGAGGCCACGGCCUCUGCAAAUCAUCCAGCACCGACGGGCCCUGGCCCCGGUGCUAUAGCCCUCGUGGACGACGAUCAAGAGGUUCUUGGAGCAGCCUCUCCUGGCUUCCACCAGAUCGACACCUGA